AUGGCGGAUUCUCUGCUGCAUGCACCGCAUCCUCGACGUAGCGGCAUCGAAGCACCAGCCAUUGAUGGCGAUGGACAGGGAAUUGGCAUUGGUUUGGCCGCCACUGCACUUGGACGACUUCCAGCCGAAGCACCGGCAGGGACAUACAUGGGGCUCUCCCUGGGCCUCGGCAUGGAAACUAUAGUUGCGCCACAUGCGCUGGCACCUGUCUUCGCCUUCGGCGGUGGACAUGCCGCAGCUGCUUUCGCAGGCGCCUUUGGCAAUGACCUCUUCGGUGGGCAUGCCGCAGCAGCUUUCGCAGGUGCCUUUGGCAAUCUUCUCUUUGGUCUUGGCAUCAUCGGGUUCUCUGGCACUGCAGGGGUCUCUGGCAUCACAGGGUUCUCUACGCACGCUUCUGGAGGUUUUCCUGAUUCGGUCGCAGAGAAGCGGGCGGAUGGUGGCCUGGUUGAUGUCCAGAUCCCCGAUCCCGACGUGAACGUCAGCAGUGAGGUGACGGCCAGUGAAAGAGAAGCAAUCGAGAAGGAGUUAGUCGACCUUUCGGCCCGCAUGGCUCAGUUGUGGGACGGUCGAGCAAAGGCGGAGCAGUGGGACGAGGUCAAGUCUGACCUGUCGGUCUAUCGUAGCCCUCGCACUACUGUGCGUGGUGUUGCCCAUGAUUGCGUUCCAACAGGACCCCCCGUGAGUCUUCAACCGCAUUCGCUCAAGGGAGAGAGUGCUGCGUGGGUCGACGAGCGGCUUGAAGAAGAAGUUCAGCGGGGACAGCUGAUCCGAGGGGCGAGUCCUUGGGGAUCGCCUCCUUUUCCUACUAAGGAAGCACCCGCUCACAAGAAGUCCCGCAAGCGGCGGCUGGUGGUUGAUUAUCGGAAGGUUAAUGCGAGAGUCAAAAGAUCCACGUACUACUGCAGAAAGGCUACGGAUGUUUUGGCUCAGUGUAGCUGCUCUAUAUUCUUCUCUUUUGUGGACGCGGUGACCGGUUUCAACCAAAUAGAGAACACUCGAAGGGCCAUGGAAGUCCUGGCCAUCGUGGCCCGAUCAGGCAAGUUUCUGCCAGUGUGCUUGACGUUCGGACCCAUCAAUGGGCCGGAUGAUUUCUGCUAUGUUGUGGACAGGGCUUAUAUGACCGGUAGAGUUGUUGACGGAGUUAUGAUGUCUGAUGAAGAACACGAUGCCGAGAUCAAGGAAGCCAUGAAACGAACGCCAGUCGUAGUCGGCCAGCCGGCCUCAGAAGCCUUGGCUUUUGCGGCUAGAAGCGCGAGCAAGGACUUGAGGACCUUCGCUAGCUUCGCGGGACAGGUCUGCGUUUCGCGACCUGUCCGCGUGCUUCGGACUAUGGGCGGCGGGGGAGGCCGCCGCAACAAAGGCUGGGGAAAGCAGAAGGGAAAGCAAGCCCAGAGAGAUCCCCGCCACAACUGGGACGACUUGGAGUUCCUCAUGUUCAAGGCCCUUAGGCACGGGAGCUGCCGAUCGAAGUACGGCGUCCACAAGUUGCGAGGGAAACUCCAGCAGGAUGGCUGGGUGGAAGUCCGUGAAGUCGCAAGGGCCUUCGAAGUCCAAGAAAAGGAUAUCGUCGACCUAGUGGCCUGGGUGGAAAGCGAUGGUCGGAAGAAACGGCGGGCAGAGCUGAGCAGAGAUGGGAAGUUCAUCCGCGCCGGCCAGGGGCAUUCCGCUGACAGCGGGCUUACCCGCGAAGACUUCAAUGACGAUCUGCCGUUUGAUGACGACACCGUUCUCGUUCAUGGAACGUUCCGGGAUCGGGUAGUCUUGAUCGGCUAUGAUGGCCUGAAAGCAGGCGGAGGUGGAGACAUGACGGUCAACAGGCUGUUCUGUCAUUGGGCGGCAAAUGCAAUCGGCAAGGAAGGGCAAAAGUCAGGGGUCAGGAGCGGCACAGACGUCGCUGCCAUAACCACAGUGGGAACGUUACGAGCGCACCGAAUCGGAAUGCGGCUCGGUGGUGACAAUGUCGUCCUGACCGAUGAUGUGCCAAAGCUGCAGUGUAUCCUCCGCAUUAGUGUCUUUGACAGUGCGCUAGGAAAAGAGGGCGAGGUUCUCUGGACGCGAGACCGUGGGUUCACGCCUGCAGAGCUGCCCACAAGUGACUCUGAAUCGAGUUUGUCGAUCAGGGUCAUACGUGGUCCCGCGCAGAGCGCUCCAGUGGCUGGAGAAGGGGCCGCGUCGCCAUCUGCUCGUGAAGUGAAGCAGGAGACAUCAUCUGCUCGUGAAGUAAAGCAGGAGACCUCGACGGCGGUGAAGGAAGAAGAGUCUGCUUCCUCAGGAGGGGAGGAGUCCACUUCAUCGUCCAGCAGUAGCACUGAUGAGGAGAUCACUGUGGAAGAAGAGCCCCCUGCCAGUGCAAAGAAGGAAGUCGCCUCUCCGGAGAGUGGCGCAAAAAAGGAGGAGGACCUGCCGCGGGCCGGGUCUGCGUUUCCGCGAUCUGGCCGCGGAAUCCUCCCAGAGAACAAGGAUGAGACACCCGCGAAUAAACUGCGCGGGGAGAUGACGGCUGAAGAGCUCCGCGAAGUGUGGGCCGAGCCCCGACGGCAUCCGGGCCAACGGCUCAUAGAGACGACUCUGGCUGCUGCAGCUACUUCAGAGCUGACCUACCAGUAUGGGAGUGCCGGGGGACUGACCAGUCUGGUCGAAAAGCAGCAGGAGCGUCCGACAGCGGGCGGAGAAGAUGAGCUCCAACGCCGCCUCCGUGUGAUAGCCGGUAGCGCGACGGUGUCUGCGGCCGUGCGCAAAAGAUCAGGCAGAGAUGAGGCAGCCGGUGAGGCGCAAGACUAUGGCCGGGACGUUGCCGAGGCUUCUGCCGAAACCAGUGCGCGGCUUGCGGCGGCAAGAGCUUCGGGCCCAACGCGCGCACCCGUGCCUAACGCCGACAGCCGGUUUGCCGCGGGACUUCGGGCCGAAGAACCGGUCCGGAAACUCAAGAAGCAGUUGAGGUCGCGGCUCCGAGCAAAGGACCACCGGAAGGGAGUCCAGCUGGGAGAUGCCCAGCGCAGGCUGGCCGCACCGGCUGCCGCGGCUCCAAGGUUAGCAGUCGGGGCCGCGUGGAAUACAGAUGAUGGAUUAGGUGAACUCACCUACAAGGCAGGAAGUUGGGUCUGCAGGCUCUGCGGGACAGUUAGUCCUCCCGAUGCUAAUGAAUGCGUCGGUUGGGUCAGCGGGUCGCAGUGCACUGGCACAUACGACCGCGACUGCCGGCGUCUUGCGUCGGCUCGCCCCGCUCAGUCCGCAUUGCCUGCCGCAGAGAAAAGAAAAGCCAAGAGAGAAGCGGGGGUAACAAAGAUCGAACAGAUCCUUAAGGAUUCCUCGGAGGAGGAAGUUCGCCAGGAGUCGGAGGCCGUGAGGAAGGCCAACGAAGAGUUUCUGGCUCAGAAAAAGGCGCACAAACUCCGCGGCCACCGCAAGCGAGCCGAGAGGCGCCACAAGAGCGAGGGCCAUAAGAAAAGGGAGAGGGAGGAAGAGAUCGACCAAGAAGCGCCGGCGCUCUGGUUGGUCUGUGUCGCGGAAGGCUCGCAACAAGAAGGCCCAUGCGGACAAUGGCAAUGGGCUAUCGGCCAACAAGCUAUAGGGUUGGUCAUAGCCGCCUUUUUGGCCCCGGUUGUGCGAAAGGUUCAGAUCGAGAUAGAGGAAAUUGUGGAGACCAGUUCAGAAGCGUUCCAAGUGGUGAUCGCAGAAGGUAGAGAGGAAGUAGCAUCCUUCGUUGAGACUGGUUUUAGGAUCGGAAAGGUCGUGCUUGCCGUUUUGGCAUGUUGGUGGGUAUCUCGAAAAAUGGCAAAUGCCUGGGUCCAUAUGACCAAUGGCAACUCUAUGGAGCCCCGGCUGCUGAGCUUCGAUGGUACCUCUUCGACCUGGCAAGUGAGAGGAACGAAGAAAGAUCAUAGAGUCCGAGUCAGUGGCAACAGCUCUGGUUGCGCUUGCCGCCAAUACUUGGCCUCUGGGACGUGCGACCAUGUGGCGUCCGCAGUGGCGGCCCAUCGGAAGAUGGUCGGCGCCGGGUCAUCCUCGAGUGCUGCUGCUCGUGGCAUCGCGGCAAUGGGCGGAAGUGAGGAUCGGCCAAGGAAGUCCAUGGGUCUCGGCUUGGGGAGCUGUUUCCAAGGGCUUGUGGAAAAGGCGAAGACCCUGAAGGGCACAGAAGCUCCUUCGCAUACGAAUGCGAUUGAGGACGCCCAAGACUUCAAAAGAAAGGUCAUCAAGGAGUCCCUGAGUUUGGACAGCGGUCGAGGGAGCAACGUGGAUGAGCCAAUGACAGCUCUUGAAGCUGGAUCAGUUGCCAUUCCCCGACCUAAGGCCUUGAAGGAUAAGGCUGAGAGCGAUGAUAUGGACCGAUGCAGGGUCAAGUUCCUGCGUGACGCUGAAACCUUUGACUGGCUCGUCCAAGUCUUGGAGUCCGUGGGGAAGGGCGGCCGUGUGCUGGUUCGGGCUUACUCUUUUGAUCAGCCAGAUGUGAUCAAUAGCCUGAAACAAGCAACCGAGAGGGGUUGCCUGACGAUGGUCGUCGCAGAUCGCUCGCAAGCCGCUGGAAAGACCAAGACGCAGCUCCAGAUGCUGAAGGAACUGAGAUCGUCUGGUGUGCGAGUCAGGCUGACGGAAGGACUCAAUGUCAGUCAGGCCUAUGAACAGCACAAUAGGUCCGUGAGGCUGGGGCGCAAAUUGCGCGGCCUACAGCACGGGAAGUCUGCGUAUGUGCAGACCGACCGGGAGGAUCGGCGCUCUCCGGUUCAGUUGGUCGUGGGGAGCUGCAACCUUACGACCUCAUCGAAGGCCAACUAUGAGGCUGGGGUGGCGCUCGAGAUCUCUCAGGAGAGUGAAACAGCCAAGAAGUGGCUGCGCGCCUUCGAGGAAAUCUAUGAAGGAGGGAUCACGAUCGAAGAUCACGAAGGCGCGGCGUAA